AGGAAGAUGAGUUCCACGGGGUCUCGAGUUCAUUUGGUACGUCGUCGUCUUCUUGUCUCCCUGUUAUUUCCGUCUUGUUUCUUGUCCAGUUACUAAUGUUCUUCACCUUCAUUUUCUUUCUUGUUCUGUAAGUCUCCGGAAAUAGUACCGCAGAACGAGAGACCCGUCGCCGAGAGACGAUCGUAAAUAGAUAGAUGUGUGUGUGACAGAAAGAGAGAUAGAGAGAGAACGAACUGACAGAGAGCCAGAAGAGGGAUACGGGAGGUAAGCAAAUGUCUCCCACCGUGGUCGCAGCGGCAUCGGUGUUGUCGGCGGCCGAACAGGCAGAGCAACUCAAGCAGGAUGGCAAUGUUUACUUCAAGAAAGAGCGUUUCGCAGCCGCUAUCGAUGCCUAUACUGAGGCAAUCACUCUAUGCCCAAAUGUACCGGUAUAUUGGACGAAUCGAGCGCUUUGUCAUCGGAAGCGAAACGACUGGGUGAAGGUGGAAUGGGAUUGCCGGAGGGCCAUUGAGCUUGAUACCAAUUCUGUUAAGGCCCACUAUAUGUUGGGACUUGCAUUACUGCAAAGAGAAGAAUAUGCCGGAGGAGUCAAGGAACUUGAGAAGGCCUUGGAUCUUGGGAGGGGCGCAAACCCUAAAAGUUAUAUGGUAGAGGAAAUCUGGCAGGAGCUUGCCAAGGCAAAAUAUUUGGAGUGGGAGCAUAUAUCGACGGAACGAACAUGGAAGCUGCAAAGCUUGAAGGAGGCUUGUGAAAAUGCUCUAAACAUGCAAUAUCAACUUGAUGCUUCUAGAGGGGAAUAUGUAAUGGGUGAAGGCGAAGCUAAGAAUACACAUAUGGAACAGUUGAAGUCUUUGGAGGAACUGUUUAGGAAAGCUGCAGAGGCUGAUACACCAACUGAGGUGCCUGACUACCUAUGUUGUAAAAUCACUCUUGAUAUCUUUCGUGAUCCCGUCAUCACUCCAAGUGGAGUAACAUAUGAGAGGGCUGUGAUCAUUGAUCAUCUUCAGAAGGUUGGCAAUUUUGAUCCAGUCACUCGGGAACCACUUGAGCAACACCAGCUGGUUCCAAAUCUGGCUAUCAAGGAAGCAGUGCAAGCUUUUCUGAAGUACCACAGUUGGGCUUACAGGAUGGAUUGAUGGUGGGUUUGACCAAGGGCAGGGUCUCAUGGAACACUGAUUUUUGUGCUCAACAAGCUACAGCCUGGGUUCCAGGGCCAAACGACUUUCAUUGCACAUCUUUCGUGUUUUGGUGUUUGAAGCGAUAAAUCAUCAGGUGUUUGCUGUUCUAAGGUUCCAUAUUUCUGUUGUAUCAUUCCUUUAGUCUGAUCACAUGAUGGCGUCUACAUUUAUAUUGUACAGGUGGUGAUUCAGUACCCAGUUUCAUAGUUAAUGUUUUGUAUAGUACGUAUCUUGAGGCA